AUAAAAUAUAAUCGUUAAUGAAUCGCAGAUUUAAGACUGAAAUAUAAGAAAAACAUCUCAACUAUGACUAAGAAUAUGAAAGCAUUUUGAUAGUUAAAGAAGAAGAAAAUAAAAACUAUACUCCAUCAUCCUUAUUUAGUCUUUAAUUUUAUCAAAAAUAAUUCAAUAAGCCACAAAAACAACCCUCGAAAACAAUCAAUAGAUUUAAAAGCAAUAAAAAAAUUACUCUCUCAUCAUUAAAAUAAGCAUAAGCAAUUUAUAGUCCCUCUUUACAUGAAAAACCACAAAGAAUUCAUGCACCACCAACCAAUUUUCGAAUCAAAUUAGCUAAUUUUAAAUAUAACCUAAAUACAAUCUCUAAAUAAAGUCUCCAUACUCCUAGUACAAAAAUACAAGAUAGUUAACAUUAAUCAGGAUAUUAAACACCAUUAGAUAUAAAAAUGUCAAUAUCAAAAAUUCAACAAUUGCUAAGUUCUUCUAAACUGAAGAGUGGUCAAUUAGAUUUUACAAAAUUCAAAAAAUCAAUAUAUUGA